AUUUCAGCAAACUCGACAAUUCGGCAUAUUUUUGUUGAUCAAAAGUCUACGCUAUGUUUCUCCAGUCUAUUAUGGCAUCUACCGACGAUUCGGAUGCUACUCUGACUGAUGCAGCACGAUACACCUGGUCGAGUUGGGUCAUAUUCGUUAUCUUCGCAUCACUCACAGGAGACAGCAUCAUACUCAUCGCCUCAGUCAAGUACAAAGCAUUCAAACUUCACAAGGUCAUAGUGACCAUUAUCCAGCAUGUCGCCCUGUGUGACCUGUAUUCAACUACCUACACGCUGGUGAAUGUUGUUUCACUCAUCACAAACAGGAAUAUCAACAGAUACUUCUGUUACAUGGCAUUCUGGACAACUUAUCAGGGUGUUAUAGUGAGUGUAAACCUUAUCUGUGCCAUGUCAGUCAGCAAGCUAAUCCUCCUAAAAUUCCCUCUGAAAUCCGCGUCAUGGUCCGGACGCUUUACUCACAGAUUCUGUGCAGUUAUUUGGAUGGCUUCCCAUCUUCUCCCUGCUUUGCAUAUCUUAGUUGACAAGGAAGGGGUUUCCUUCGACCACAGGAUCCACCAAUGCAUGUACCAGUACACCUCCGAGAUAGGCAAGCUGCUCCUACUUGUAACAACACAGCUGGCGCUUCUAGUCCCAAACCUUAUCUCCAACAUUGCCACGUUACUCUUACUAGGAGAGGCGAGAAAAGGGGCUAAAAAGAUGAACAGAGGACUACGUCGACAAGGGCUCAUCACAGUAAUUAUUACUGCCACAAUCUACACCCUCUCUUAUUUACCCUUUGCAAUCUACUGCACCGUCUACCUUAUCGACCUGGCUAGAGAGGAGACCGUUGGAUCGGAGCAGUUCUACAUUUACUAUUACAGGGUUGCUAGCAACCUUGUAUAUCUAAAUAUCAUCACAAAUUUCUUCGUGUACACUUUAACAGUGAGGAGUUUCAGACGCUGGCUGAAAACCAAGUUAUUCAACUUUAAGGGUGAAGCUUCCGAGACGAGGACUGGAGGAUCAGCCGGUGGAAGUAGCAACUGUCGGACAAAAACAAUCCCCCCAGUAAGCCAACAUGAACACACAUUUGUCUAAAGAAGAAGACUUACGCGUAAGAGUUACUUACUAAGAGUCAUGAAAUGUAAGGACUGAGGAGCCAGGACAAUGGUAAUGGAAUAAAUAUGAAUUAGUCUGAUUUUUUGUUUCAAUUUUGUUGUUUUUACUGAUUAAUGUAUUGACCAUUUUUUUCUGUUUGUUUUACUGUGUUUUUAUGUUUGUUUUUCUGUUUGUUUUACUGUUAUUUGCUGAUCUGUUAUAUAUUGUUAUAUAUUUUCAUAUUUGUUUCAACUGAAUUUUUCAAUUCGAUGUGUUCAAUCAUUUCAGUUAUCUUUUAAAUUUCAAUCCAUUCAUUUUAUUGUGUCCUAAAAUGUUCAACAAUGUCAAUGACAGUGGCGCCAACUCCCACAUGGAACCGGGAUUAUUAAAAUUUACUACAAUUACAUUAGUAUUAUAAGGCAUAAGUGCUAACUAAAAACGGCGUAUCGUCUAGAAAUAGCGA